AUGAGAAAUAAGACGUUGUUCCUGGGGCUCUUAUCCACCUUUUUCUGGAUCCAGGAUGUGCAAGCAGAUCGUGCAGAUCAAGGUCUUUUCUUCCCCUGCUCUUUGAAUCGACGGAUUUGGGAUUGUAUUGGGAAGAAGACGGAGAUCCCUUCGGUCGAUUUAUUCAAAGAGAUCGCGUCAUCUGACAGCGACAUCACCCAUCUGACAUCCAUUCAGUCCAAUAACAGGAAACUUCUGAAGCCUGUAAACUUUUAUGGAGCAUACUUAAAUAAGGCAAGGGCUCUUUUGAUUGUGACCACCUUGUUUUAGAUAGACCCAUUAGAUGGGUCCUUUCAUGUUUCCGCAAGGGUAAGGAUAGGUCUUCGGCAGGCUGCACUUGUGAAUGCUACUGGAUUACUUUUACAAAUCGUUCCAAAUGAUCAGAAAAAGAGGAGGUUUAAUUAUGAAGCCAAACUAAACAAGAAAAAGGAGAUUGAUCCCAUAUUUACUGUGAGGCACCCUAUUAUUACUUCUUAUCCGCCUAUUCCUAAUCCCCAUGAUAUUCAUUUUCUUUUCAGAUUACCUUUUUAUUUAUUUUGGAAAACGAGCUCGAGUAUUCAACCAAUUACACGUUAAGAGUAGGUGUUAACAGUUGGUUCUUCCAGCUGAAUAAACACUUGUGAUGUCAUCUUAUCUCUCUAUUUCAGUACGCCGUUCUUCCCUUGGCAUCUGGAGCUUCGGAUGAAAUGCAUAUGGACAUUCCAGAUUACAGUAAGACCAUUACAAUAGCGACGACACAUUUCGUAACACUUUAGAAAUUCCAAAAACAGAUUGUGACUCGGAGUUCGUGGAAAGGGAAGAUCGGCAACUGCAGGCAUCUCGCUGGGUGACCUCAGUCCAGGAAGUGGUCUACUUCCCCAAGCAUAAAGGUGCCAACAUCACGUUCUAUGGGGCUCCAAGAAGUUAUUGCAUUGACGCUUAUGAAAUUCAAGUUGUGAUUGGAGAUGCCACCACAAAUGAAUCUUACAUCGUGAAUGCAGUAAGUCCCUGGCUACUCGAUUUUAUUUUUCAGGAAGAAAUGAUCGACUUCAAUGAUGUCAUGCUGGGAAAUGUCACCUUGAAAGAUGUCCAACUGGACAAGAUCUAUUAUCUCAGGGUGGGUUCCGAUGUCUGAUAUACAAAUCAUGGCAUAUUAUGUCGUCAAUCACGUUUUUUAUAGUUCGUUUCUAAUUUUUUGUGAGGUCACAUUUUUUUAUUUUUUAAUCCAUCAAACGUUUUCAUAUGAGGCUUCCCUGAGGUGUCGGCUAUGGUCUAAAUUCAUUAUGCCAUUACUAGUCGACAUGUGUGUUCAUUAAUCACGUGACCUCAGGGCAACGAACUCCCGAGGUAAUAGUUUAGAACUGAUCUACAGUCUCUUCGAGAACAGACUCAAGAAUGCUGACAAAAAAACUUUUUAAGGCCUUUCCACGAGUAAUCAAAUUAAGAACAUUUUAGAUCAUUCCCUUUAACUCCAAGAGCAAAUGCGUAUGCAAGAAUCUGAAGGAUUGUGCCUGUGUGGCCGUGGACAGUGCUGAGUUUGUUUUCCCCUCAUUCACAAAAGACAUCACUGAUACAUAUCCAAACCAAAUAUUAAAUGUUCGAGUUGUGGAUGAUCGAAUAUAUAAUAGCAGAGACUCCCAUCACAUGCUGAUCAUCAUCAUGAUCCUAGGAACGAGUCUGGGGAUCGUCAGCGUUAUCUUGGCCUUGAUCAUUUGUCGAGGAAAGGAUCAAAGAGGAGGUCUUUUUCUAAUUAUGAAACCUUCUGGAUUAUCCAUCGACCCCAACCUGGACGUCCCUUUGAUUGAGAUCAAGCCUUCUACAGUUUUAAUUUUGAAUGCCGAAAGCGAAAAGAAUUCUUAUAUCUUAUUCUUGUCAAACUACCUCAGAGAUGAGGGCGUCAACGUUUACUUUGCCCCCCGCGAUGUAAAGGCGAUUGAGAACAACCUGCAGUUGUGGUGUUUGAAGGCCGUUCAGGACGCUGAUAAGGUGAUAAUCAGCCCUAUCUCCCCUCUAAUCCGCGGUUUUCAGAUUAUGUUCUUCCACAGCGAUAGGAUGUCUCAGUUGCUGUGGGCCAAGCAGACAUCACCUGAUCUUCUGAAUACUGUAUUCUGCACUUUACUUUCGAUGAUCGACUUCAGUGAUAAGAGAAUGGUAAGGUGGGUGAAUUGGUUGACUUUUUUUAGAUCCACAUCACUUGGGGAAACGGCUCCAAGAAGAUAUUCAGCCAUGCCGAGAUCGUAUACGACAUCCCCAGAGAUCUGAAUUACUUGGUUAAGGCCAUCACCAACACCAAUCCUCCCAAAAAUAUCAUUCAGAACCUUCAGGUAAUCGAAAAAAAUUGUUUUUGAAUCGCUCGUUUCAGGAUAAAUACAAAGAGGUCGAGAAUAACACCAACGAAGAACCUGAGUGCAUAAAAGGAGCAAAGGAAAUGAGCACGGAAGAAGAGAUCCACCAGACAGACCAAAAACAAGAGGAUCUGCAGACAUCCGAGGAAGAGCAGGUACAAGAUCCAACACAAAAUACGACCUUCAACGUGACAAAGAGACAGAACUACAUCAGCAAUGACUCGGGAGUGCACAUGAUGAACUCUCAGGAGAUCCCCGACGUCCCCAUUCCCACCAAUAUAAUCCCCUUAUCAUCCUUCAAUCCAACUCCAUACAUAACCUUAGACGAAGACAGUUACAAUACCGACUCUGGUGUUGUGUUAUAA